AUGGGACGAAUUGUCCCCCUGCUGUUCGCCCUGGCGGCACUCCUUUUGUACACACACAAUGAAACAGUUUGUUCUGGGUAUCAUUUGGACGAAGCGGUGAGGAAGACGCCUCACAAGUUUCGUCACAGCGGAGGAGGGGUCGACGGGGUGGACGACGCCAGCAUGACCAACAGGGUGAACGCCGCCAGCACUACCUACAAGGUGAACUCCGCCAGCACGAACAACUGGGUGAACUCCGCCAGCACGAACAACUGGGUGAACUCCGCCAGCACGAACAACUGGGUGAACUCCGGCAGCACGGCCAGCAAGGGGAACUCCCUCAUAGAAGCGAAAACAAAAAACAAGCAGGACUACUUCAGCUUAAAGCUAAAUGAACAGAAUUUCAGGUGGAGUGUGCCCCUCUUGAUGGGGUCGAAGAAGAAGUCCCUUCAGUUUGGCGUCGUCACGUCCACCCCCAUAACCGCCCUUUACUGUUCCUAUAAUGCUAAUCAGAGUGACGAAAUGAAGGAUUUAAAAUAUGAAGUAGACGAAUCAGAAGGUGUAAAAUAUGUUGGUUGCAAAAGUAGACACUGUACUGCUGUAGGAAAUGGCAAAUCAUGUGCACCGAUUGAAAAUUUGCUUCAGAUGGUUCAUGACUUAGGGUUGAGAAAAAAAACUUGUACCAAAAGAUUUUGUAACUACGUAAAUGAUAUAAAUUUUUUAAAUGUUAACACCAAGUUGGACAAGAAGAACAUGUCCGUGUGUUCGUUUAGCUCAAAUAUUAAUUGGGAACACAUAGAGGGCUUUUAUUUUAGAGAUUCGUUUUACCUGUACGAUAAGGUUAAAUUCGACUACAACCACUUCGGAUGUAUAACAAAGAGUGACGACUUGACCUUCAAUAAUACCAUUUCUGGUUUUAUCGGAUUAGCAUAUAACCGUACAGAUGCUACUGACCACUCGAAAGAGUCCCCUUCCAUUUUGCAUACCUUGGUACAGAAGUCUCUGUCUAAGAAGAACAUCUUCGGAUUAUGCUUUAUUGAAGGAGGGGGUUUUGCAUCCUUCGGUGGAGCUAACUAUGAAGCAUUAAAGAAGAAGGUCCCAGCUGUAUCGAAAUUGCAGAUGGGUCUUCAACACCUGGAAGCAGAUGCCCCGAUAGAACUUCUGGCAGACCAGCAAGCCACUUCUCACGAAAUUGUGUGGCUCGCAUAUUCGGGCACUUCCAAGAACACGUACAACCUUCUCUUGAAAGAGGUCAACAUGGUGUCGGGCACGAAGCCCCUGGCGAGUGAAAACGGCGGGGUGGCUGUCGUCGAUUCAUACAGUUACUUCCUGUCCUUCCCAGCCGAUAUCGCCGCCAAGCUGAAGACCGCCGUGCACACCUCCUGCGUUGGCGAGGGCAACACCUGCUCCGAUAUCAUUAACAAGGGUGUAUUCACACUGAAAAACCAAGGCGUUGCAAACUUCCCCACGAUAGAGCUCGUAUUCCACGACGGGAAGGUGCUGAUUCAGCCCAAGGACUACCUAAUCCACGAAGGGUUACCUUAA